GCCAAGACUCCAAGGGCCAAGGCAGGGCACUGCACUGCACGCAUGCACUGACCUGACGACGACGCGCGCCACAGUCCACAGCUCCUCACUCAGACAUGGCGAUGGGCGCCGCUUCCAUCCUACUGAUGAUGGUUUCGCUGGAGACCCUGCUUCUCGCCGCCGGCGCCGGCGCCGGCGGGACCAUCCGUCUGUCCAGCGAUGUCGGAGGUGAGCGUGCAUAGCUAGGCGUUGCUGCAGACCUUGUCACGGCGAUGGCGAGGGCGAGGGCAAGGGCAAAGCAUCAGCUUCGCGACGAGGAGAGGCCGUGGGGGGAAUGCUGCGACUUGGCCGUAUGCGUCAAGACGUACCCGCUAACUUGCUCGUGCUUCGAUCGGGUUGAGCGCUGCUCCGACGCCUGUAAGGAGUGCGUGGAAACGGAGGACUCGCGCCACGUCUGCGUCGACAGGUACCGUGGCGACCCCGGGCCCAGGUGCCACGACGAGGACGGGAGGAGCGGCGGACCCGCUGACGACGACGCUGGUGGGCAAGCGACGCCGACGGCAGUGAUGGCAGAUGACAAGAAAGCAGGCGGCGGCGACGACGACAAGAAGAAGAGGCCGUGGAAAUGCUGCGACGUGCCCAUCUGCACCAGGUCCUGGCCUCCGGUGUGCCGCUGCGCGGACACGGUGGAGCGGUGCGCCAGCACCUGCCAGCACUGCGAGCAGGUGGAGGAGGGCGGCCCCCGCCGCUACCGCUGCCUCGACACGCACCGCGGCGACCCGGGGCCAAGGUGCGGCGACGGCGAGGACGAUGGUGGGGAGUGGUCGCCGACGCCGAGGCUCGCGAGGGGCCACCGUUUCUAGCUAGCUAUGCUAUGCUAGCCAUAGCCAGCGGGGACUGGUUUCUAGCGCGCAGCAGGGAGCUACGUACGUGUCUUUUAUUUUGUGACGCUGAUCCAUCGGUCAGCCUGUGCUGAUUGACGCGACCGCUACCUAGCUAGCUUCGUUCGUGGUGUGUCCUCUCGUGACCCACGAGAGUGGAGUAGAAUAAUCAUGCAUUGUUGUAUGCAACGUGCUUAGCAGCUUCGUGGUUCGUGCGUGUGCCCUCUCGUGACACACGCGUUGAGUAAAAAUAACGUGGAUGGAUCAGCCUACUGCUCCUAGCCAGGCUGCUAGCUAGCUAGCAGCUGGGAGUAGCUGCGUGCCCUUGCUGAUCUCGUGUCUCUGUCAGACCUGUUGUAAAAUCUAGUUGUACUGUGUUAUAAAUUGUAAUCUAGUUGUACUGUGUGCUAUCCUGAUCGGAUCAGGCUCCUCUGAAUAAAUAAUAAAGUGGGUAUGGCA